AAUAGUAACAAUCUCAGCAGUGGUUUAUAGCACCGUUUUCUUAUUGUUUUUGGUAACUGGAUUAAUUAGAGACAAUCAAAAUGAUGUGUUGUUGUGCUAUGUCUGAUGAUGACGAUGAUGUUGACUCUUUACAGACAAAACACCAGGACAACAUUCCAGUAAAUACACACAGCAAACAGGAGGUUACCUCAUCAUCAGCUACCAAGUCACAGCCAGAGGGAUUUCAUAACAAUUUAAAACAGCCAGAAGAGAAAGUAAAAGUAGAUCCUAGACAGGAAGUAGGUCAGCUAGAGGAAGUUCAGCUACAAAAGGAAGUAUCCCCUCUACAGACUGUACCUGAACAAGGUGAAAAUCUACAAGAACAGGAAGUGCAGACGGAGAAGGAAGAGUUCGGAAUCAUGUCUUCUACAGAGUUACAGUCAGCUGUCAAUAGACUGGAGGCGGUGGCUACACGCCUGGAAACCCUGGCCCAGAAAUCCUCUGUAUCAGUGCCCAGUAAAUCCUCCUCUGGGGGUGAUGGAGGUGAAGUCACACCGAGUGUUAGUGCUUUCGAUGAAAUUAUGAAAAGCAAUGUUGACAAGUUUGUAGAACUUAGCAACAAAAUCCAAGGCGAUGUCAAGACAGCGGGAGAUAUCGUCCAGAGAGGGUUUAAGAACCUGAGGGAUUACAUAUAUGUAGCCUCCAGAAGCAAAAAACCCAGCGAGCCUGUGAUGGAAAAGCUGUUUGAUCCAGUUAAGAAAAACAUAGAAGAGGCAGUGACAUUUAAAGAUAACAACCGCCCAAGCAAGCAGUUCAAUCACUUGUCGGCCAUUGCUGAGUCACUCCCUGCCCUUUGCUGGGUCCGAGUGUCCCCAACUCCAGGUCCCUAUGUCAAAGACAUGCAGGAGGCUGGGCAGUUCUAUACAAACCGUGUUCUUAAGGAAUUCAAGGAUAAGGAUCAGACUCAUGUAGACUGGGUGAAGACCUGGAAUGACACUUUGAAUAAGACCAUGGCAUACAUCAAGGAGUUCCACACCACGGGGCUGAGCUGGAACCCACAGGGUGGAGAUGCCAGUGCAAUCAGUCCCUCGGCUGGUGGUGCCCCAGUCCCCCCACCCCCCGGACCACCCCCACCCCCUCCCCCACCGGCAGUCACGGCCCCACCUCCCUCCUCUGGGCCCUCUGAGGAUGAUGCUAGGGCAGCCUUAAUGGAUGCUCUGAACAAGGGAACAGACAUUACUGCAGGCUUACGACACGUGUCCGACAAAGAGAAGACUCACAAGAACCUCGCCCUCCGACGCACCAGUCAAGACGACGAUGGUCUGAAGAAGGUGACAGAUGACAUGAAGACCCACAAGAACCCCACCCUGCGUCAGGGACCCAAACCAUUCAAGGCGUCCGCUCCUCAGACCGCCCCCAAACCAGGAAAGCCAGCGGCCCCAGCCCCAGCACCAGCCAAAAAGAAUCCCCCAGUGUUUGAACUCCAGGACAAAAGAUGGGCCAUCGAAUACCAAGAGGGUAAUAAGAACUUGGAGGUCACAGAUACCAACCUUAAACAGACUGUGUAUGCCUUCAAAUGUAACAACUGUACCAUCAAAGUCAGCAACAAGCUAAACUCCAUCACACUGGACAGUUGUAAGAAGACCGCCAUUGUCUUUGAUGAUGUAGUAUCUUCUCUUGAGUUCAUUAAUUGCCAGAGUGUUCAAGGACAGGUAAUGGGUAAAGUUCCAACCAUAAGUAUCGAUAAAACUGAUGGGUGUCUGAUCUAUUUGAGCAAGGACUCCCUUGAUACUGAAAUAGUGACAGCAAAAUCCUCUGAGAUGAACAUUCUAGUACCUAAAGCCGAUGGAGACUUUACUGAAUUUGCUCUGCCAGAACAAUUCAAAACAACCUGGGAUGGCAAGAAGUUUGUCACAGUGCAGACAGAUAUAGUGUAGGAUAAUAGACACUGUAGGAUUAGGAAAGGGUUCUCGCACCAUUCCAUCACAUCACGGACCAUGCUUUACAUGAUGCCUGAAAUGACAUCCAACCAAUUGCUAGUAUUCAAUAUUUAAAAUUAGGGAAAAAGAGAUAAUUCAGUAUUUACUUGUUAAGAUUGAAAGUUUUGGGUUUCCAGAACUCUAUAAAUGAUAUGUUAUGAUAUAUGCAACUGAUUUUUUAAAUAUUUGAUUUGUAUCGACUUAUUAUUGAAUUGUAAACAUAUUUUGUUCAGUCUGCAUAAUGAUGCAGAAGACUUUGAAAUACUUAAGAUUAUUUUCAUUAUUUUUAAUAUGAAUUGUCUUUGUUUUGCUGUAAUAACAGUGAAUGUGAUUUGCUUAGGGGAUUUUCAGAAAGGAAUGAAUGUAUCGGUGCUCUGAAAAUUAUUUUUAAUUGUGUAAUGAACAAAUCAGAACUAACGGUGCUAUGAACUUGGAUAUUAUCAAAGUUAUUGUCUCAGAAUUUUGGCCUUUAUUAUAAAGGCAUGAAUUUUGAGAAAGCCAAAUGUGAAGAAAUUUUCGUUACAUAUCGACCAUUAUGAGUGUUAAGGCAAAUCCAUGUACAUUUAGUUUCAGCAAAUAUUUUAGUAAUAUCUUUCUUUUUUUUUUUAUUCUCAUGUAUGCUUACUCACAUCACUAAUAAACUCAUUAUAGGAUA